AUGCUUUCAAAUGUUUUCACUUUGAUUGAAGCUGUGCUAAGAGGCAAGUCUGGGGGUGAAGAAGUACUACAGGAGUACCAAACAACAGAAACCCUAACAGAUGCUGCAAGAAGAAAAAUGGUUAACAUCCUGGUGGCUCACAUGACUGACAAUCAUGGCCAUGUCAGGCACCGCCCCACUAAAGAAGAUUAUGCACGUGGGAUAGUGAUGUUGUUCCCUUCCCUCAAGGAUCCAUACUCCAAGAAGGGCUAUGUGGACCAAGACUUCACUCUCCUAUUUGAUGACGACACAUCCUCCAGGCUUCUUCAGAAAUGGGAUUUGUUCUUCAAGCCAAAUGUCAUAAAAGAGGCUAAGCGGCUCACCUCAACACCAGAGUUGCGUCGCUUGGUGCAGUCAGCAGAAAGUCCCCCAGGAAGGGGACUGAAGUCUCCAACAAUUAGUGCAUGUGAUGCAGUUGAGAGACUUUUUGUCUUUCAUAAGUCAUGCUGCAGUUUGGAGGAGCAUCUCCGCAACCAGCAGGGUCGGCAGCCGUACCUCCUCGCUGUUGGGCGUCUGAAGAGCAAGAUUGAGAGCUUCUACAUCACAAUGGAUAAGCGUCUCAUCCCAUGCAAGGCAAACCGCUCCCUCGGGGCAUGUGAUGAACUUUUCAAAGCACAUUUUGUGUUUAAUUUGUCUUACGAUGUGGCACUUGUGAAUUUUUACACAUUCCUGCAGACAACAGUGUAUAACAUUGAUGUGGGGAAAAUGAAUGAGUCACCCAGAGUUAAAGACUUGAGAGCGAGACUGCUUAACCAGCCAGUAGCACUCUCACCCUGUGAGUAA